AGUAGAAUAAUAUAUAAUAUAUAUAACAUUUUUCACAUAACCUGUAAAACUAAAUAAACAAAAUAUAAAAAAUGUUUUUAGUUCAAACAUGUUAUUGCACUAUAUUUUGAUUGUAUUAAGUGCUUCAUUGUUUAUUUAUGGUUUUUUCCCCGUGUCAACACCAUUUAUAAAAAUAAACAAUGAUCCUCCAAGUUACGUAAAUAAUUUCUCGUUAAAUGGACAAACCUUUUAUAGCACAAAUAUCUCGAAAACAGUCUUAGUAAUAAUAGAUGCCCUUAGAUUGGAUUUCGUAGAUACAAAUUACAUGCCUAAAACGACGAAAUUAAUGCAACUUCAUGGGUGUUUUAAUAAAAUCAAAGUAGAAAUACCAACAGUUACUCUUCCACGAAUAAAAGCAAUAACAGUAGGAAAUAUACCUCAAUUUACAGAUAUUGUAAUGAAUCUGGCUAGUACCGAGAUUUUAGAAGAUAGUAUAAUACAUUCAGCUUUAAAAAGUGGAAAGAAAAUCGUGUUUUAUGGAGAUGAUACCUGGUUAAAACUGUUUCCAAACAAAUUUUCUAGGUUUGAAGGCACUACAUCAUUUUUUGUUCGAGAUUUUAAUGAAGUUGAUGAUAAUGUUACUAGAAAUGUAUAUAUUGAAUUGGCAAAUGAUGAUUGGGAUAUUAUGAUUCUACACUAUUUAGGAUUAGACCACAUAGGACAUGUUUAUGGACCAUUUUCAUCAUUUAUUGCUCCCAAACUAAAAGAGAUGGAUGAUAUUGUUCAUAAAAUAUCUGAAACAAUAUUGUCUACUAAUGAAAAUGCUCUUCUAAUGGUUACUGGGGAUCAUGGCAUGAAAGAUAGUGGUGGACAUGGGGGCUCAACGUUUUAUGAAACUCAUGUUCCUUUAGUUAUUAUUGGUCAUAAUUGCAAAAACAACUCAAUUAACCAGGGUGAUAUACCUGUUAAUUUAGCAGUGUUAUUAGGUUUACCAAUUCCUUCGUUAGCAAUUGGUAAAAUACAUAAAAGCUUGUUAAUGACUAAUUUAGAAAAGUAUCUCUAUGCAUUGUACUAUAACAGUUUUUUACUAAAACAAAAAGAUUUUUGUUGCGAUGACCUUUAUAAGGAUGCUACUGCUUACUAUUUAGAGUUUUUGAUUAAAGCAAAUCAAAGUGAUGCGUUAAAAGCUGUUAAUUUAUUUGAAAUAUAUUUAAAUGUGGUUAACAAUAAUUUAGCGCAAUCGUCUGCAAAACAGAACUUAAUUUCUUUAUUUAUCGCUUUACUAAUCAUGAUAAAUACAUUAUUAAGUUUCUUUGUAUCAUUUUUUUGUUUAAAACAAAUCGACAAAUUCCACGUUAAUAAAAUUCUAAUGUUAUCUAUAAUUUUUAUUCAAUUUAUUAUUGGAGAUAGUUUGAAAAUUGUCUCUUUUAUAAUGUUUAUUAUUUUGAAUUUAAUUUUAUUAAACAAUAUCAGAAGUAUUAUUUUAGUUGUUAGUAGUUUCACUCAUAAUAUUAUAAAUUUUUUUUUGAUUGCUAUUGUUUGUCAUCCUAUUACCUUCUUAUCAUCAAGUUUUAUAGAAGAAGAACACCAGUUCUGGUAUUUCGUACACGUUUUGUUGAUGAAUUUUCAGAUUUUAUAUUUUUCGAAAACGAAAAGUUUGUGCAAGAUUCUAAUCAGUCUGGUUUGUCUAGUAAGUUUUAGAUUACUGCGAACUUUAAAUUCUACAGGUGAUAAAUGGGCCAACUAUCCCGAUACAUCAGAUUGGUUUUUAAAAGAUGAAAAUCUUCUAGUAUACCAAACAUUACAUGCAUUUAGUUUGAGUUUAGUUUUUUUGGUACAAUAUUUUAUAUGCAAACGUAGAAAAUUAGUUAUCAGCUUCUUAGUUGUAAUCCUUAUUUUUAUAUUAAAACAAAAUGAAUCUAAUUUUGUGUUAGGUAGAAUUAUUUGGUUACUUAUUUUCCUUCAACUUAUAUUUUCUUAUUCGAAAUUAGUUGUUUGGAUUUUAAUUAUUUCGUUACUUUUGAAACCGUAUAAUGUGAUUUUGGUACCAUAUUGUGUCCUUUCCAGCUUGCAUUUUUCCAAACAUUUUCAUUCCACUGAAAAUGUGGUAUUGUAUCAUGUAUUGUUAGGUAAUGCAUUAUAUUUUGCACAAGGACAUAGCAACAGUUUAGCUAGUAUUGAUGUAUCUAUUGGAUAUACAGGGUUAUCAGAAUAUUUACCUAUUGUUGUAGUAGGACAGGUCUUAUGUCAUACAUAUGCUUUUCCAAUCCUGUGUCAUUUACUAAUUUUUCAUACUAGUAAAAUUGAAAUAAGACAUGUCUUUUCCUUACUGUUUUGUCACAGAUUGUAUAUUUUAUUCGUAAUUUCUAUUGUAACUUUCUUAUUUAGGUAUCAUCUGUUUAUAUGGUCAGUUUUUGCUCCAAAAUUGUUUAUAGAAUUUAUACAUGUUUUAGUUUUGUUCGUUGAAUAUGUAAUCAUAGUAGUUUAUCAAUCAAUUUUAAAAAAAUUUAGUUAUGUAAAAAUAAAAAAUGUUUUUUAUUAAA